AAUCAUUUCAUUUAUAGACUCAGUAAUAUAAUGUUGAAAAUACCAGUUAUUGUGUUAAGUGUUUCAUUAUUAAUUUUAAAACAAUGUCAUGCAGCGAAUAUUUUAGUGAUACUUCCGUAUCCUGGUUUAAGCCAUUUUAUAAUGUUUGGCUCGCUAUUGAGAGAACUAACUGAUAGAGAGCACAAUUUGGAUGUGGUCAGUCAUUUCUCUUCAAUGAUGCCCAUUGAAAGAUACAAUGAUAUACCUAUUAGAGGCAGCGUUCCAAUACCAACAAACAACGUUUCAGUACAAUCCGCUAGAAACUUUCAGGGACUUCAUUGGAUAAAAGAACUCUCAACUACCAAUGGAGUUGACAUAUGCAAAAACGCCUUCGAAACUUCCCAACUUCAAAAUCUCAAAAACAGUACCACAAAGUACGACCUCGUUAUAACAGAACUAUUUGGGAGUGAUUGCAUGUUGGGUUGGGCGUGGCAUUUCGGAACGCCAUCUGUGGUUUUAAGUACCAGCUUGGUUUUGCCUUGGGCUUCGGAUAGAUUUGGUCUUCCUGAUAAUCCUUCAUAUAUUCCCAGUUAUUUGGCACGAAGUGGAGAUACAAUGAACAUUUAUGAUAGGAUUUGGAAUAUUUGGUGUGUUUCAAUGGCGAAAAUAAUGUACUACUGGUACAGUACCAGACCGUCAAACCUUUUGGCGAAAAACUUUUUUGGAGAAAACAUGCCGCAUCUGGAUGAUUUGGCCUACAAUACCAGUUUGCAACUCAUCAACAGCCAUUUCAGUAUUCAUACUUCAAGACCACUAGUACCGACUGUCAUCGAGGUUGGUGGAUUACAUAUUCCAGGAGCAAACGCUGUUGAUGAGUACUUCAAUGACGUUCUAAACACCAACACAAGAGGAAUCAUUUACUUUACCAUGGGUUCGCAAGUUCUAACAGAAACGCUUCCCAAAGAAACAAUACAAACCAUGUUCGAUGCCUUUGCAGAAUUACCAUACAAGGUACUUUGGAAAGCUAAUAGAACAAAUUUACCUGGAAAAUUGAAAUAUCCGGAUAAUAUACAUUUUGAGGAUUGGUUUCCACAAUUGGCCAUUUUAUGCGAUCCAAGGGUGAAACUCUUCAUCUCUCAUGGAGGAAUGAUGGGAACUCAAGAAGCAAUCUUUUGUGCUGUUCCAAUACUCGGAAUCCCAUUGUAUGCUGACCAACACUCUAACAUCAAAAAAGCUGAAUCUAUGGGAUUAGCUUUAGCAAUAGAUUAUGAUGAUAUAUCCAAAAAAUCUAUAUUAGAAGCAACAAAGAAAUUGCUAAAUAAUGCAACCUACAAACAAAAUGCCCAAAAAAUCUCAGAACUCUUCAAAGACCGAUCCUUUACCGCUAUGGAUACUGCCAUAUACUGGAUAGAGUAUGUUAUCAGAAAUAACGGAACGCGCCAUUUGCAAAGUGCCUCAAAAACUCUACCUUUAUAUCAGUACUACCUUUUAGAUAUUGGUGCUGUUUUAGUUGGAAUACCGAUUAUUGUAAUAAUUUUAUUUGUAAAAUUAAUAAAGUUUUUGGUAGGUUGUUUUAAGAUUAAAAAGAAUCUUAAAGUUAAAACCAAAUGAUCAAAAGAUACUUGUACAUUCUUAUAAGAGGUGAUAAUUUUUGGUUUUCCUUUUUUUUUCUAAAUAAAUUCAUUUCAAAUUGAA